GUUUACGCUGACAUAUGACAACAAACCACAAAGUGGGCGAGUAUUGUUUUGCUUUUGCCUAACGUCUGAUGAUUUUCUCUAAAAAAUCUUUAAUGUCUUUUGUGUUUUAUCUACAGCUUUAAAAGUUUUAUAAACCUACUUUGUUAAAAUAAUGAUAUGGUAUUGAAAAUUGUUUAAAAUGCAUUUUUCUAUUCCGGACUUACAGCAAUUUCGAGACGACAAUGGACUUACUUACACGGGUUUCAACAUACAUAUUGAUGGAUUUUACCACUGUACAGCUCGCUUUAAGCAGCUGCUUAGUCUGCAUGAGCAACUACAGUCACAGUACUCUUACUUUAAAUUGCCACAGUUUCCACCAAAAAAGUUUUUUCUUACUAGUUCACAAUUAGAAGAACGCAGAAUUCUUUUAGAGAAAUAUAUCCAACUUAUUGGACAAAAUCCAGUUUUGGCUAAUUCAGGAAUAUUAAUGACAUUCCUUUUAACUGCUCAACAAGAAACACAUAAUGUCAAAGUUCAUGUUGUUGAUAUAGAGAUCUCUUUGAUGAACGGAUAUAGAAUACCACUAUCAGUAUCUUCAACUGAUACAUCCAGUACUGUUUUAGAUAUAGCAUGUAAUUAUGUGAAUCUCCCAAAAGAUUUGACAAAAUACUUUUCGCUGUUUCUAUUUAAUUGGAGUUGUGCAAAAGAUGGUCAGCCAAGUUUUAAAAAAUUGGAAGAUUUUGAAUCACCAUAUAUUUCCCAGAAAUAUGUUAGACCUGAAGAUAAAAUUGUGUUAAGAAAAAGUUAUUGGGAUCCUUGUUAUGAUAUGGACCUAGUUCAAGACAGGGUUUCAAUAGAUUUACUGUACCUUCAAAUUAUAGAAGACAUUGAUUUAGGGUGGAUAACUGCUGAUUCUGAGACUAAACUCAUGCUUUCAUCACAUGAAUCAAAAAAACAAAAGAGAGAGUACAUUGAGUUGGCUAGAAGUUUAAGGCAUUAUGGCCGAAUACCAGCUGGAGAUGGUUUAACAGAAGCAGUAAAUAUUGGUGACAUGGGUGGUGCUUUAAUAAAUGUACGAGUGUCUUUAGCAUGCAAGGAAUUAUCACUCACAAGUGUAACACAUCCAAACCAUGAACAGAGAUAUAAAGUUACACGAAUGCGUUGUUGGCGUAUCACAACACUACAUUCGGUGGACCAAUCACAUAACGGAUCUUUACUAGAAGAACCAACAAAAAACUUUGAGCUUUCAUUUGAAUAUCUUAUAAGCAAAGAUAAUCUCAUUUGGGUAACAUUGAAGACUGAAAAUGCAAUAUUUAUCAGUGUAUGUUUACAGUCAAUAGUCGAUGAGUUGAUGCGUCAAAAGAACGGUGAGGGUCCUAUAUCCCCACGCUGUAAAAGGGCGAGUCUCACCUACUUACGUCGGGAUGGCUCCAGUCAACUUAUAACACCUUCAUCAUCUAGCGAUACACUGAGUUCUAUAAAUGGAGACUCUUGCACUUCGGGAAGCUCACGUGAAAUAUUCUCCGUUCAAAAGUUAACAGAGAAAUUCGCCUCAGUCGCGUUCAAAACUGGCAAGGACUGUGUGGAGAAUAACGCUUUUGAAGCUAUAGGUGAUGAAGAGUUGUAAUAUUAUUAUUUACACUAAACUCUUGCUGUUAACAUAACAUUUUUAUUAUUCUAUAUAUUAUUUUAUUAUUGUGCAAUCAACUUAAUGGUGAUGUUUCUGGUUGAUGUAUCCUAUGUAUUAAUGAGAAACAAGAAAAUUGAGGCUAUCGAUACAGAAGGCCUAUUUAUAAAAAAGAAUAUGGGAUAGAAACUGUAGUAACUUUAAUUUACUCAAAGGACUUUCAUAGUAAAAAAGUUAAUAAUUAUUUAAUGAAAUGUUAGCAAAAAAUAUGGUUAACAGCAAGGGAUGAAUACUCAGUGUCCAAAGACAUCUUAAAUUAAAUUACGGCCAAAGUCGCAAAUUUAACUUAUAUACAAACAAACAAUUUCGAAAUUUUGACAGGCAGUUGUAGGGAUUUUGUUUGGGGAUAUUUAAAAUUUUUUAAAUGUGGCUAUGAGUUAGCUUCCCCUUAAAUUUUUACUCCAUUCCUUUUCUCCGGCCAUUAACUUGCCAUAUUACAUAUCGAAUUUAGAAUUAUAUCACUAAAUUAUUUACAUAUUUUAUUUUAUCAUUACAAUCCCUUUUUUGAUGUAAUUGAAAUCUGCAUGUUAAUUAAGAUGUGAAUGUAUAAUACGAGAUAUAGUAGUAAGACCAGUGUAAUGAAACGACUUUCCGAAAAUCUUUACCAUAUUAUAGGCUUCUUUAAAAGUUACUGCCAAAGAACCCCUUUUUGUAUUGUAUUUUUCUUUAACUUCUUGAGCCAUUAUUUAUAUAUUAUUAUUUAAGUAACAACAAACAUAAACGUAUAUCGCAUUUUUCUCCUUAUCAAAUACUUGUUUAAAAUUAUUUUUCUAUAGUUCAGCUACACAAAAUAUUAUUUUAUCGAUCGAAGUCUCGAAUAUCGCGUCCGUUUAUAAUUACUUGCUUUUUAAUAUAAGCAUUAAGGUACUCAACAUUGUAUUUCCAUUGAAAUGAAUAUCUCUCUCCUAACAGACAAUUUAUUUUUUUGUUUAUUGGGGGUUUCUUUAUUUUCAUAAACUAAAGAUUGCCUUUGAAGUAAUGUGUGAUUUAUGUAUUAAGCAAUAUUUUUUUUUACACUAAAUUAGUUUUUUUUUCUCUUAAAUGAACACAUACAAUUACUUUAGUAUAAAAUUUAACAAUAAUUUUGUCUUGAAUAAUAUGUUUAUACUGUCACUGUUUGUGGCUUCAAUUUUUUUUUGACAACUUAAAAUAUCUCAUAUAUGAGUUCAGGAUAAAAUGUUGGUAAUACUCAUAAUCAUUUUCUCAGAAUCUUUGUUGGAAUCAUUCAAACAUCAAUAUUUCUUAUAAGACUACUUUAUAGAUGUACAAACUGAAUUUUUUCUUUAUGUCAUGUCAUGUGCUCAGAAUCUUUAAGUAAAUAUGUAAGUUAUGUUAUUGAUGUUUAUAAUUGCAGUUCUCAAUUUCGAAAACAAUUAUUUUUAACUAAAUGUUAUAAAAGUGAAUAUAACACAAUAUGUAUUGAUAGUAAUACUUGUAAUAUAUUUGUACAGACUUUUU